AUGUUAUUUAAAUCAUUACAAUCAAUUACCCAAACCCAAAAUAGACAAGAAAGCACAUCAAGCACUUUCUCAUCCACCUCAAAACAAAGUUUUAAUACCGUUGCCCUCCUUGAUAACAAUAAUGUUGGUAUUUUAAAUAAUAAUAGCCACAAUAAUAUCCUUGGUGUCCUCUCACAACAAACAAUGUAA